AUGCGCACGGCUUCGUAUCGCUUGGUAGACGUGGAUUCCCUCGAUGAAUUCGAAGAGAGUGAGUCUUUUUCGUGUGCAUCGGACGGUCCGAACGAAUCUGAAGUUCGGGGAUUUCUGGAGUCGAAUCAGCUGGAAAAGGCUCUCAUUUCUUGUCUUUUCCCAUUAUUCACGACUGAUCAGGUGAGAGAAAUAAGAAGGACAAAGCGAAUCAAGAAGGGAUUUCAGGAAGAGAAGGAUCGAGUGAUUCUGCUCGUUUCGUCCGUCCUGAAUGCGUUCAAGCAUUCGGAAAUCGAGGAGACCGCCUCAAAGUUAUCGACUGAGCAGGGGGACGUGCUCAUGAAGUACGUCUACAAGGCAAUGGAGCUCUCCGCCGACUCGCACACUCUUCUUUCUUGGCAUUCUUGUCUCGUCUCCAAGUUCGGCCACGGAGCCAUCAUGCGUGUUUUUACAUGUCGAAACCGUUUGUGA